UAGAUCUAGACUAUAUCUAGGCUCUAGAAAUCUAGAUCAAAAUCUAUCUAGACUUGAUGUUACUCUCCACUCUAAAUAUAUUGAGUCUAUUCUGAUAAGAAUUUUAAAUGAUUUUUUAAUAUGGACAUGGAAGUCGACAUGACAGAAAACAUCAACUUUUCUAAGGAUGAUACACUACUGUUAAGACCAGUUGAUACAAAUCACAGUCCAUCAUCCAGCAAGGAUGAAUAUAAUGACUUUUCUCUUGGAUUCAUAGGGCCUAAACUUGUGAAUACAGACAUAGAUGGAGGGCCACUUUUAAUGGAAGUUGUUUCAGCAGUAGAUACCUUAAGUGAAAUGGAAUAUACCCCACAUAGUAUCAGAUCUAAAAAUGAGAACAAAGACUUAGAAAAUGAUUUAUUUACAGAAAUACAUGAGGCAGAUGAACAUGUAUCUAAACAUCAAACAGUUCUAGAAGAUUUUACUUUAACAGAACUUGUGGCUGUCAGAACUAUUUUAAGUGAAAAUGAAGAAAGUGAUAAUAGACCUCUUGAAAUUGAGAGUUGUGAAAUAACAAAAAGUCAAACUGUACCAGAAAAUGAUUUACCUGAAAAAGAACAUGAUGCAUUUAAGAAAAAAUUUGAAAAACGCAAGCCAUCUAAUAAGACUGUAUCUUCUUGUCGUACGCCACAUGAUACUGAGGUUAGCACUUUAAAGAAAAAGGUAAACCGCAGAUCAUCUCAUGACAAGAUUGUAUCUCCUAUUGUUAAGCCAUUAGAUGUUGUUUUAUCAAAUAUGUGUGAUAAAAGCAUGAAUAAAGGCACUAAGAGCCAUAUUCCUUCAAAUACUUUUUCCUUAACAUCUAAGGAUGAAAAUUUUAAUGUUCGUGAGGACGAUAAAAGAGGUACAAGAAUAAGUAAAUUUAUGGGAUAUGAAAAACUACCCCAACUUAUAAUUAAACUCAAGCGCUGCGAUUCCCUCGUUGGUAUUAAAGUCCUGAGACUAGAAGAAACUUAUAAUAAUUCCUUGCAGUUAAAUAACUCAGUAGCCCCUGUUGAGACAAGAACACGCCUUUCAAAAGGUAAAGUAACUGAUGCAACUACUGUUAAAGAUAAUAGAGACAAUCUUUCAACCAACACAGGAGUAAUCACAACAGAGAAACUUGAGCACACAGAUCAACUAGCUCAAAGCGAAGAACAAACUGAUUUAGUAAGGAGAAGAGGGCGUCCUAGAAAAUUAUUCAAACAAGAAAAACCGUUUCAAAUUCCAAGAAAAAGAGGACGGCCUAAGAAAAUAAUUGAUAACGCUCAGGCGGAGAAAUCAGAUGACAUAAACUUACCCAUUAAAAUGUCUAAAGUUGCUAAUGUCUAUUCUUUCAACGAGUUUACAACAUUGAAAAAGUCUGGUAAUCCUAAAAGCAGUGAAACUAGCUCACCCACUGAAGCCUGUUCUUCAAGUGAGAAAGUCCACUCUGAUAAACCAUUUGUAAAGAGGAAGAAAACUAGCUCAUCUACUGAUACCUGCUCAUCCAGCGAGAAAGUUCACCCCGAUAAACUUUUUGUAGAGAGGAAGAAAAGAGGUCGUCCAAAAAAAAUUGGACAGCAACAUUCACAUGGUUUGACUUUUAGUAAAAUUGAAAAAAACAAAAAAUUGUUCAACAGAAAUGCUAGCACUACUGCUGUCAGAAAAUCUAAACUAAAAGCAAAAGGUCUUUCAAGAUCACAGUUAGUUUUAAACAUGACAACCCUGUUUAACAACAAACGUAUGUUGCGUAAGUCUUUGUUGACUCAAGGUAGGCAGUUGCGUCCCAAGUCUGAAAUACCUAAACAAAGUGUUGACAUAAAUAAACAGAAACAAGCUACUGUGACUAAAGAAAAAACUAAAAAACUUAAUUCUCUAUCCCCCCCUCACAAUCCAACACAACCCAUAUUAGAAAUAGACAGAGACCCUGAAGUAGAUAUAGAAACAGUGAUGAAUUUUGAAGCUGAGAAGUCAAAGGAAAGGGAGCUAUUAAAAACCAGAAGGCAACCAUCAAGAGGCAGAUUUGCUUCAAGUAGAAGGCAGCGAGCAGCAGAAGACACAUCACCUUAUCCAGUAUCUUUGGUUUAUGUCAAGCCCACCAUAUUGAAACAAUGUGAUUUAACCCACCCCUGUUGUAAAAAAAAUGAUGUGAGUAAAGUAGAUCAGGGCACUCAGUGGGAAAACAUUUUUAGUGACCAACCAGUACCAGUCUUGUAUGCAGGUACUUUUAACUUAAGCUCUAAAGUCCAGGUGGAGACAAAUUUUGUGAACAGUCUCCCAAAAAAUUCUGCACCUUCUUUGCAAGUAGUGCAAGUGCAAGGUUCCCACUAUGGGCAAAAGCAAAGUUUAUCAAAUAGUUCAAUGACUUCCAUGCAGUGUUUUAAAAUUGGCCCAGCAAAAAAUCUUGUUAACAGUCCCAUGUCUUCUUUACCAAAACCUCAAUUAGAGCAAAUGAACAGUCCAACAAGCAGUAGCACUUCUCCCAUGCCAAAUUCUAAUCCUGAGGUAAAUCAUGGUGUGAAUUCAUUACGGUACAUUCUACCAAAGCAUCAAGCCAUGGAAAAUCUGGAUUUUGUCAGCACUCAGUUGAGCCUACCAAAUGAGCUGCACCAAAGUUCUCAAGUUGUCCAAGCUGGACAAUUUUACACAGCAGUACAGGUACCAUUUAACAUGGGACAGGGAACUGAAGGCACACAGCCUAGUAGUGUAUAUCUAAUGCCAUCUUCAAAUGUUAUUGGUGACACAAUGGCAGUUUCUAACACCCCAGCUAUGUCACUAGCCUAUCAUUUGCAAAAGCCUUGUGUCACUCCUAAUAUUAACCAGCAGCCUAGCUGUGUAUAUCUAAUGCCAUCUUCAAAUGUUAUUGGUGACACAAUGGCACUUUCUAACACCCCAGCUAUAUCAUUAGGCUAUCAGUUGCAACAGCCUUGCGCCACUCCUAAUAUCAGCCAGAGUCCAAUACACACUCAACUUUUGCCCACUUCUAGAGUGAAUAUGAAUUCUCUAUUUCACACAUUUAGAUACAAGGGUACUAGAGGUCGCAAGUCCAAAGGGAAUAGAGGUAGGCCAGCAAAGCGUAAAAUACCUAAAGAGGUUAAGAGAAAAGAAUCCAAGACUGUUCCUUUCACACCAAAUAACACUGCUGAAAGCUUCAUGUCCACUGAUAAUGUAACAACAAAUAGUUCAGCAGAUAGUCUCAUGUUAGCUACCACUUCAUCAGCAAAUACCACUCCAGACAACUUCCUUUUCAUUGACAGUUUGACAGCAAAUACCUAUGAGGAUAGGUUAAUGCCAAGCUAUGACAGCAGGCCUGUUGCAGAUAUUUCUGAAGCUGGCAGCAACACUAUAAACAAUGAAUCUUUACAGAAUUUGGAUGCUCCUUUUCCAGAUACCAAUGCUUUAGUGCAGCCAGACUCUCUUGAAUGUAUUUUUAUUGACUAAAACUAUCAUUAAUUUUGUUUUUUUUUAUUUUUGAUAAUUUUAUAAUUCUCUACAAUUUUUACUCAAUGAAGCAUACAAUAUUUGUUUUAAAUGUUUUCAAACAAGUAAUUACUUUUAUCAUGUUUUGACCUUUUUAGUGUAGGAAAUGCAAGGGAACAUUUAUAAUCACUCUGAAGUACUUAUAUCUAAUAACACUCAUCACAUACCCUUAGUCUCAGAUUUGUUAAUGGUUAUAAUUUUUGGAAAUAAAAAACUGUUGAUGGUUUAAAUGUGUAUAUCAUCCUUUACCACAUAAAUAGGCCCUAUGUCUGUUUAGGCAUCAGAUUUUUUAUGUUUAUUUUAAAUUUGAUUUGAGCUUCAAGUGUUUAUACGUAAAAAAAAAACUCUUCUGAGGUUAAUUCAUUCAGUUGUAAAAAUACAUUGAAAAUAUGUGUACAAUUUUUGUCAUAAUUACAAACCUCUGUGUAUGCACUAUGGAUGUAAUGUGUAAAAUAGUCCAUUGGUCGACCCUUUUUUUGUUUUACAUUGCUGUCAUUGUUGAGUCUGAGAUUAAUACACAUAUUUAUAUCUCCACUUUUUACUCCCUAUUAGUGUUGCUGUGAUAGGGCUUCAUCUUUUCAUACCAUUAUCAACCUUUAUGGGCGUUCCACUACCAAUAUCCCUUCUUAUACUACUUAUAGGUUAACACUUGGUCACAUACAGCGUGAAUAUACUUGACCUGAUACUAAUUUCUUUCUAUUUGAGUCUUUAUUCAAACCAUUGCUAUCAUCAGUCUAGUAUUCGAGUGGACUAGUCAUUGACAGGACCCAGAUUACCUCUCACAUCAACAGUAUAACUAUAAGUUAUACUCACUAUGGCAACAACAUUCUUUUUACCUUCUAUGUCACUUUUUUGUUUAAUAUGCGUAACACUUCGAUUAGUUUAUUUUACACUCAUACUAACAUUCAUUUGCACCAAUUUAUGCUCAUAGAACAUGCAU